AUGACAGAGCUCACCACUUCCAGGAUCAACAGGAAGCUCAGGACGCUACGUAGCAAAUGUGCCGCUCUCAAUGGGGCCCAACCAACAUCCUCCAAGCCCAAAGUCUCCACAACUUAUGGCCGUUCUAAUCGCACCUCGACGAGAGCGUCCAAUGAGGAAGAAGAAUCCCCGCCACUCGCGAUACUCCAAUCCCUUGACAAAAUUUCGGCGAGGUUCCGCUACGAGCGUGCGACCGUCGAGAACAUGCAGCUCUCCAAGAGAAUCUACGAGGUUCGCGACGCCUUCAAAAACAUUGUACAGCUAUCGGCAUCGUCUCACACAAAAUCACAACCCGAUCCGGAUGUCUCUUCCUAUCUGUCUUCCCUCACGGGCAUUUGUGCUCAACUCAUCGGAGAACACAUCCAGGGAGAAGUUGAGGCCUCCAUUGACGACUUGUCUGAAGUCAAAGCCUCGCAAGAAGACGAGCUUCGAUCGCAGAUUAUGGACGAUGUAUACGAGAGCAUCCCCGCGCAACACAGACACCACACCCUAGUCGCACAUGCGCUUACGUAUAUAUUGGAAACGUGCCCGCACUACCCGACGCUACUCAACGCCCUUCUCGAGACCUGUCUCGAGUACGGAUCCGGAGCAGAGUCCCAAACGAUACUCUCGAAGUUGUUCGCAGUGGCGAUUCACUCGCGGACACGUUCGAUGUAUCCAUGUCCCCUCACACAUCCCGCCCACAAGCACUUCCUCGUCACUCUGCGAGGUACCUGCAAUCCUGCGCCCGGUUCCAGUACACCUAUCAACAAUCGCGCCUUUGUCCGUCUCCUCGUCGAUGCGCUUUCUGAACCAUACCCGGAGCGGCUUCUAGCGUGGACAUCGAAAGCCACGGCACAUCUUGCACGGGACGUCAAACAGGAUUUCCAUGGUUGUUUCGUGCCUCUCUGUACAGGCCUGGCACACGCCCUGGCCGCCGUACCGAAGUCAUCACGGAAUACCAACAGAGCAAUUGAACAUGCUCACGUUCAGGUCUGGGAAGACGCUCAUUCGCGUUUAGUGGAUUGGACUACCUCGAUGUUGUCGGCACUGUACUCUGCGACUUGCUCAGGCGGACCGGAUGUGGACAUGUAUACCGCCUGUGUAGACUUCCUCGUCGCCAUCGAACCAGACCGGCUACACAUAUGUUCCGAUUCGGUCCCCACACCGCUCGCCAAGGCCUUGUGCUGUCUUGCGGUCUACUGCAUCGCUAACCCUCCGGCACCCUCACCUCCCGGCGUGGAAACCGACCUACUAGUCCUGGAAAAGAUGUUACGAACCGCCACCAUCAAGAACGCUACCUUCAACAGCCUCACAGCCUUCAUCCUGCCUCUCCCUCAUUUGUCUUCCGGCAUCUACCGUGACACUAUACCGGAGCCAUUCGAGGGAGCAGACAUCCCGACCCCUCUUCCUCAGCAGACAGGGUCGGGUGAAAGAGGUGCACCUGCCAUAGAGGCUCUUGUCGAGCCCCUCCGUGCACGAGGUCUCGUGCUAUGUGAAGCUGCCCUGUACCUGGCGGCCUUGCAACACCUGAGUAACAAGGAACUUUACGAUCUCCGCCUCUACCUCAUGGACCGCGUGGAAGACUCCGAACGCCGUUGCUUCAGUGGCAGCGUGGAUGGCGUACCGCCUCCUCUUCCCGAAGGCGGAAGCCAGUGGCGCUUCGAUGAUUCUAUGGGGGCGUGGACGGUGAAGACCCCCGAAGUGUCUCAAGCCAAGAAGGCGGAAAACAGAAGAAUUGCGCAAGCUGCUAAACGGCGCAAGCUUGAUGACGGGAAGAGCGCCUCUGCGGCCACAUCGCCACACAUCCCGACGCAAGCCCCACGCCGACAAAGCGAUGCCGAUCGUCGACCUAUACCGUCGUGGGAUAACAGGGAGAACUUCUCUGACGACGGUGGAUCGGACAAUGAACCCUCUACACCCGCACCCAAGCGACUUUUGGGCACUAGCAGCUUCCAAAACCUCCUCGCCAACGCCCGCCUAAACACCAUCUCCCUCCGCGCCGAGCGCGAAGCCAACACCCAAAAAAUAGUGGCAAAGCCGAAGGGGCGCGUCUCCGCGCCUGCCCGUCUCCCGGAUUUUGUUGUUCCCGAGUCCCCGGCGUCGGCGUCGGUGGGGGCGCUGUCUUCGCCUAUGGCCCCGCGCACACCGUCCAAUGGUUUUCGUACGGCCCUCGCGGACUCGCAUCGGAACGUCAUUCGACUAAACGAAGAGCGGGCGCGCGAACGAGGACAGUUGCAAGGGGCAGGACAGGAAACAUGCAGUGCUAUUACGCCUCGGGGCACUGUAAAGCGCAAAAAUGGAGCGCGACUUGGGGAUUCGGAUACUGAGGCUGAAGUGGAGGAGCCAGAAAAUUCCAUGGUGGAGAGCAGCCCUGCACAUGCAUCAGCGUACGUCGAGCCGUCAUCCGACGACGCGCUCAAUCUGUUCGCAUAUCCCGACUCUUCUCCAGUCAAACGUCGGCGACAUGCUUUGUAUUGA